AUGGCUUGGGCAUGUGGACUGGGCCUGCUGCUGGCACUGAUGCUGCCUGUUGGCGCCUCCAGGCCGGGCAUCGUGGUCAGACUCAACCAUGCGAUGUUGAACUACGUGUCUGACAUCGGGAAGGUCCCUCUCCAGGAAGCCCUGCAAGUCACUGUUCCCCACUUCUGGCAUCUUAGUGGGAAGGAGCUUCAGCUGACCAGGAUCCAGAUUCUGGAUGUCCACAUACCCCUCCUCCACUUGAAAUUUAUUGCUGGUUUCGGGGUACGUGUGCUGGCAGCAGCCAAUUUUACAUUCAGGAUCUUUCGUGGCCCUGAGCCCCUGGAGCUGAUGCUGCCUGUGGAACUGAUGGCUGAUGCCCAGGUGACCCAGAGUUCCAUCCGGAGCCCGCUGGUCAGCAUCUCUUCCUGUGUCUCAUUCCUGAACAACAACUUCCUUCUUGGUGGCCUCAAAAGUCCUCCUGCACUGCUGCCACUGCAGAAGCACCUCAGAGCAGUCCUUCGAAGCAAGCUGUGCCUGAGCCUCUCCAACCUGGUGCAGGACAUCAACGUCCACCUGGGCACACUGAUUGGCCUCACCCCUGUGGGCCCUGAGUCCCAGAUCCAGUACUUCAUGGUGGGUAAGCCCACCGUCACCAAAGAUUACAUCGCCUUGGACAUCAACGCAUUCCUCUUUCUCCUGGGCACCCCCAUAGUCCUGGCUGUGAAUGCCACCCCUUUCCUGCCGCCUCAGUCUGUGGGCAGCCCAGGUGCCAUGGUGACCAUGUGCCUCUCCCAAGACCUGUUUGACUCAGCCCUACUGCUGCUGCAGAAGGCUGGGGCCCUCAACAUGGACAUCACAGGGCAGCUGAAGUCAGAUGACAACACGCUCAACACCUCCUGGCUCGGCCAGCUCAUCCCUGAGGUGGCCCGCCAGUUCCCCAAGCCCAUGCCUUUGCUGCUCAAGGUUCGGCUGGGUGCCACGCCAGAGGCUAUGCUCCAUGCCAACAAUGCCACCAUGCGAUUGCAGCCCUUUGUGGAGGUCCUGGUUGCCACCUCCAACUCAGCUUUCCAGUCCCUCUUUUCUAUGGAUGUGGAAGUGAACCUGAAUCUCCAGCUUUCCGUGUCCAACGUGAAACUUCGUGGGUACACUUCUGUGCUGGGGGAUGUGCAGAUCACCGUGGCCUCAUCCAACGUAGGGUUCAUCGACACGGAUCAACUACAAUCACUCACAGGUCCUGUGUUUAAGAAGCCGUUGCUGAACCAUCUCAAUGCUCUCCUAGGCCUGGGGAUCUCACUCCCCCACAUGAUCAACCUCAGUUAUGUGCCUCCUGAGGUCUUCAUCCAUGAGGGGUACGUGGUGAUGUCCAGUGACCUCUCCUAUCAACGCCGAAGUGACACCACUACAGGCUAAGCGUGGGCCAGCUCCCUGCUCCAGGACCCUCUGGCC